AUUCCGCGUCCAAACAAAAUUCGAAUCAGGAAAAAUCAACACUUUGCAGCUCCACUUGAAUGUCUCUGCUUGUCUGCGGUGGGUAACAGUGAUGUCAUGGCUGGCUCAGUCACCUCCAGUUCUAAAGAGCGCCCAGCUUCCAGAACCAGCUUCAUCCCAGAGCUGCAGAGCAUGAUGUUUGCUCUGGGGGACACCCGCAGGCCUCUGUAUGAAACUGCAGCCCUUGUAGAGGACAUCGUACACACACAGCUCAUCAACAUGCUGCAUCAGGCCUGUGAGGGCGCUGCUCUUCGAGGUUCAAGGGUCAUUUCAGCUGAGGACAUCCUGUUCCUGAUGAGGAGAGACAAGAGGAAGCUGGCGAGAGUGUUAAAAUAUCUUCAGUUUAGAGAUUACAAAUCCAAACUAUUAAAAAAUCUGGAGGAAGAAGAUGUGCAGCAGGAGCCAGGGGGUCUGGCUGCUGGGGGGAAUCAGCGCCGGCAGCGGCUGGCCCAGGACUUCCUGGCAUGGAUGGACCAAACUGGAGAAUUUCUUUCAUUGGCUGAGAAACAGGAAGUUGACCCAGUCAAACAGGAGAGGAUGGAGCGUUUGGAACGACACACUAGAAACAUGGAUCCGGCUCAGUACACAGAGUUCUGUGAGAGCCGCCAGCUGAGCUUCGCCAAGAAAGCGUCAAAGUUUCGGGACUGGCUGGACUGCAGCAGCCUGGAGCUGAAACCCAACAGCAUCGCCACGGAGAUCCUCUCAUACCUGGCCUAUGAGACAGUGGCACAGAUUGUAGAUUUGUCUCUGCUGGUGAAGCAGGAGAUGACGGUAAAAACCAAUCCAGUCAGCCAUGUGAUCUCAGCCAGCUACAUCCACUACAACACACACACCGAGGUGAAGAAAGAUCCAGAUUCACCUGAAGCCACGCCCCCAUCCACUCCAGGCUCCUCCCACUCCUCGAAGCCCCUCCUACAGGGAAACGGCAGCAUGGACAGCCGAGCCAGACAGAGGAAACGGAAAAAGAGCUCUCCAGCCACAGUGGAGCCCCCUAGUGGAGCCAUCCAGCCCUGUCACAUCAGAGAGGCCAUCAGACGAUACAACUACAGACACACAGUGGGUACACAGCAGAAAAAACCUCUACUUGCGUUUUCAUUAUACAAAUUCAAAUUUCAAAAAUAAAUUUGCUUAAUGGAAACAUGGCAAUUUUGAAAAAGCUCACUGGUCAACAUAAUUUCAGCGCUGGAACAAGGCGUUUCUUUAGCUGUAUCAAAAUUAUUGUAUUUUUCAUGACUGCAACGAAAACAUUUUUUGUGCAUCACACGAGUUUAGUCUAAACACGACUAAACACAAGUUUAGUCAAACUUCUUCCUGGUUUGGGCCAGAUGUUACUACUGGCCCAAACCAGGAAGA